CUUCCUUUGGAUAGGCAUCAUUUAAAAAAGCUAUCAGAUGAUGAUUGUUGGUUGAUAAUAAAAGAGAAGCAUGUCAAAGAUGGAUCUUAAAAGCAUACGGUCUUUAACUUUAGAGAAAGCAGAUGGUGAUAAAUUGCCAGUUUCUCCAAGCAAAUUGAAGCAUUUGAGAUACCUUGACAUCUCAGCCACUGAAAUCAGGGCACUGCCAAAAUCCUUCUCCAAGCUGUAUAAUUUGCAAACCUUAAAAUUGAUGGAUUGCUAUUGUCUUCAAAAGCUUCCUGAUGGAAUGGAAAAUCUGAUCAGUUUAAGACAUUUUUAUUUUAGCAAUGACGAGCUCAUGCCAAGAAAUAUUGGGCGUUUGACUUCCUUGCAAACCUUAUCAUUAUUUGCUGUGGGCAAAGAAAAGGGAUAUCAUAUUGAAGAACUUGGACGCUUGAGUCAACUUGGAGGAACAUUGAGAAUAUGCAACCUUGAAUUUGUCAAAUCUCAGUAUAGGCAAUAUGGGAAGCCUAGAGGAAUGGGCAGAAAUAGAAGGAGUAAUUGUGUUUCCUUGCCUUGAGCGGUUGGAAAUUCAGAGUUGUCCUAAGUUGAAGACUUGGUCUAUGGGUGGAUUUGCAUCUCACCACAAGCUCUCUGAGCUGAAUAUAAUUUGUUGUUCGAGUCUUGUGGCAAUCCCAAGCAUAGAUGGGCAGCUCUCUCUUAAAACAUUAUCAAUUACUGAUUGUCCAGAACUAGUUUAUCUACCAAAUGGGCUAGAUACCUGCACUUCUCUCCAGGACUUGACGAUUGACCAGUGCUCCAAUCUAGUGGAAUUCUCUGGACUUUCCAUCUCUCAUCCCAACAUCUCCAUUGAAGUUUUGUCUUUGAACAGAUGUGAUAAAAUAAAGUCUUUGCCACAUCAGCUUCAACACUUAGUUGCCCUCAAACGAUUAUCGAUACACAAUUGCAACGAAGUGGAAGCUUUUCCAGAGUGGUUGGGAGACCUCUCUUCUCUGGUUUCUUUAUCGAUUUAUUCAUGUAACAAAUUGAAUAGAAUUCCAGAGGAGUGCCUGGGUAGGCUCACUCACUUGAAGCGAUUACAGAUGGGUCCUUUCUACUCGGAGUUAGAGGAAUUCCCUGGACUCACUUCCAUCCAUCACCUCCACGCCUCCCUUGAAAAGUUGGAAUUGGUUGGAUGGGAUAAACUAAAGUCACUGCCAGAUCAGCUUCAACAUCUCACUGCUCUCAAGGAAUUGAAGAUAGAUUCAUUCACCGGAGUGGAAGCUUUACCAGAGUGGUUGGGAAACCUCUCUUCUCUUACUUCUUUAAGCAUUCGUUCGUGGAACAAAUUGAAGAGCAUUCCAGAGGAGUGCCUAAGUAGGCUCACGUGCUUGGAGAGGUUAUGGAUGGGUCCUUUCUGGUCUGAGUUGGAAGAAUACCCAGGGCUCUCUUCCAUCCAUCACCUCCACGCCUCCCUCCAAGAUUUGACUUUGCAAGGAUGGGAUAAACUAAAGUCACUGCCACAUCAGCUUCGACAUCUCACUGCCCUCCAGCAAUUGACUAUAAUUAGAUUCAAUGGAGUGGAAACUUUACCAGAGUUGUUGGGAGACCUCUCUUCUCUUCGGUGGCUCAGGAUUUUUUUUUGUGAUAAUUUGACGCAUCUGCCUUCUGCUAAAGCCAUGCAUCAUCUCUCCAACUUAGAAUAUCUUGAAAUUUAUCGUUGUUCCAAAUUGAAGGAAAGAUGCGCUGAAGAGAGGGGCCCUGAAUGGCCAAAGAUUUCCCACAUUCCAGUGAAAUCGAUCUGGUAGAGGACACUGCAAUCACAAAAGGCUCUAGAUUUUGAAGAGAAGAGGGCUCAAAUAAUUAUCAGAUGAUGCCAUGGAGAGAAAACACAGGAGGUCCAUGGCCACACUACUGAAUCCUAUGAAGUGUGAUAGAUAACCAAAAGCUUUCACUUUAAAGGAACUUGUCCUCAUGGCGCUUGCAGAUUUACAGGGAAGAUAUCUCAUGGUGCUUCCAUUUGUUACAGAGAUUUAUCAGAGGAUUAUAUAACCAUAGAAGCACCCAACUGAACUUGUUUAUGAUAUUGUACGUUAUCUAUGAAUAUUUGGUGAAGUUGAUGGUAAGCGUGAAGUCAAUAACUAAUUCAUAUUUGAUAUUUCUUCCAAACCUUACAAGAAAUUUAGAAGCAUAAAGCUUUCUGGCUCACGUCCAUUGAACUCAUGGUCAAGGAAUUGAUCAACUUAUUAAGGUUUGCUUCUCAAAUUCAUAUUGCACCAGAUUAAUUAUUGCCAGUUGUUAUCCUUUUAAGAUCAAUUUUUGAACAUAGGAGGAAAAAGAAUCAUGAGUUUUUAUUAUCCAUCUAUUGAAGGAGCUAUACUAAUAAUAAUGUCAACUGAAUUGAUGCAAGUGUGUGAGAGGAGAAGAAAAAGAAAUUUGUUCUUCCACUGGAAGCAUCAGCUGCAACAUUUGUCUUCUUAACUGCAAGUACCUACAUUUUGGAGCCUAAAAGGAAAUAAACAAAUAAAUAAAUGACAAGGUAUGACUGUAUGUUUAUCAACUAGUGCUAGAUGUUCAAUUAAGUCAGUCGAGUGCUUAUUUUUGUUUUGAAAUUGACUAAUAAGUUUUCCUGUCACAUCUGUUCUCAUUGAACUUUAUAUAUAUAUAUAUAUAUCAGAUGUAAAGGAAUUGAAUACUGAAAAAAAGGACAAGAGGGAUACAACUUUGAAGUCAAAGAAUCGAAAAUUUACAUAUUGUGAGCUAGUGAAAAUUACCAGCAUCUUUGAGAGAGACAUCAGAGGAGGGGCGUAGGAACACUUUGAUGAUUACCUAGAUAAUGGUUCUAAAGUAGCCUGUAGCAGUAAAGAUGCUGUCUCAUCAUCAGGUGAAGGGUAUAAAGAGUUUCUCUAAUUCUCUUAGAGGUCAUUGGCAAAAAAUUGUCUCUACUUUGUAUUCAGGCCUUGUAAAAAAUUUUCGUUGGAAGGAGACUCAACUAAAGAAGUGUUUCUCUCUGCAAUUUGCUUAUUUGCAACAAUACAAUUAGCCUUGUUUGCUGGAGUAUUUCCUAGUCCUCCUUUCUUAAUUUGGGGAGUGACCCAUAAUGGUGCUGCAAGCUGAGUUACAGUGCAAGAUAGCUGAAAAACUUAAAGAGACUAAAGUUGGAGUUGUCUACCCCUUAACGGCCAGACUAUACAAACCAGCUUGAGAACAAGGUCGAAUCUUGAGAUUUCUAUGUAUGCCCCUAGUUCUAUCUAGGGAAGAGAGAUUGAAGUUGUUAUCCUCUAGUUCUCUCUUGAAAUGAAACUUUGUGCGUUAG